AGUUGCUUAGAAUGGCGGAAGAUAGAAAGAAGUUUUACUGUCGGGAGUGGGCCUUUCAGAAGCUUCUCCACUGUCUGGAUCAAAGGCCAGUGUCAAAGACAUGCGGAGCUCUUUUGUUGGGAAGUUCUGGAUGUGGAAAGACCACGUUUUGUUCAGAACUUUGCUGGCCUUCACAAGGACCUUCAGGCCGACAGCAACGGACCUUGAAUCGUCGAUUGCUGUGUUAUCACUUCUUGCAAGGCCAUAAUGAGAAAAGUCUGUCGUUGAGUGAAUUUGUGCGAUCAUUGGUUACGCAAAUUUUGAAUCACUCGACCGAAAGUCAUAAAGAGCGAAGCAUGAGGAGGAAAAUAGCGCAGGCCAAAGAACAAGGUGAAACAGUGAGCCCAAAGAAUACUUCCUAUGAUAAAAAUCUGUCUGAGAACUGCAACCUGCCGCAGGAGAGUCUUUAUAGUAAUGUUUACUCGGAAAAUCUCCUGUCCCCGACAUUGGAAGCCAAAAAAGUGCCUGAUCCAGCUCCAAUUCCUAAUAUGCCAAUUAAUCCUCGCACAGUAAUUGCAGAUGCGUAUUUGGAAAAGCUGAAAUCAGAUCCGGAGAUUCAGAUCGCUCUGCGAGCGAAGAACAUUGAAAGCAAUCCGGACGAUUGUCUGAAAAGAGCGUUACUAUUCCCCCUUCUGGAAAUAGAUCCUCCUAAAACGUCGUUGUUUAUAAUCAUUGAUUCCAUUGACGAGCAUUCGUUUAUUUAUUCUAACUCCACCCUAACGCGCUCUAAACCUCGCGAAAGAAGCUCGCAAUCACGCACGAUAGCCGAGUUACUUGCCAACCAUCACCAUCUAUUCCCGCAAUGGCUUUUGUUGGUUUGCACAGCAAAGAAACAAUCCAAAAGCAUUGCCAAGAUGUUUACUGGGUUUAGAAAACUGAGUUUGGACGACCUCAGGAAAGCUCAAGUGGUUCGAGACGUUCAGCAAUACAUUCUAGCCAGGCUGGACCAGGAGAAUAGCUUAAGACAGCACAUAAGUAGAGACACGGCCGAAAUGCUUAAUCAACUACAUAUUAAGAGCAACGGAUGUUUUUUAUAUCUCGAGAAAGUAUUGGACGGCGUAGCAGAGAGUUUUAUCGUUUUGAGGGAAGUUAGAGAAAUCCCUGGAACGUUAAAUGGCUUGUACUUGUGGCUGUGCCAGAGGUUGUUUAACAGAAGACAAUUUGCUAAAGUCCAACCACUCUUAAACGUGAUUCUAGCCGCUAAAUGUGCUCUAAACGAGUCCCUAUUGUUUGAUAUCGUGAAGGUAAACAACUCCAAGAUUACCAUAGAAGAUUUCCGCAAAAGGUUCCAUUUGCUGAAGAAAGUCGUUGUGAUCUCCAAGAAUGGCACAAUUCGACUGUUUCACCAUUCGUUUGCCGAGUGGCUUUUAGAUAUAAAACAUUGCACGCAAAAAUACCUAUGCAACAUUUUCCACGGACACUGCAUUCUUGCCAUGUAUUACACUCUUCACGCCAAGGUGCUGAACAAUCAAGAAAUCUACGAUUACGCCUUUCAUCUCACACGAAUGGAACAGUUUUUAAACGAAAAGCCUAGUCAGAAGUGCCCUACGUUCAUGUAUAAGCUGUCGCAGGAGAAAGCUGGCAAUUCCCUAGAUAAAACUUCCACUGAGAUUUAUUCGGAUUUGAAAGCCUUGCAGGAAUUGACCAAAUCGUAUGAAAACGAAUUGGCUUAUGAGCUGAAUAAUAUUGAAAACUUGGAAAGUAGCUUUGCGGAUACGGAAACUAGUCAGAAUAACUUGGAUGAUGUUAAUUUCGAGACCAAGUUGGAGGAGCACUUUGACAGCGUCCAUUUGAAGAGUCCGGAGUCGGAGAAGAAUCCGAUUUAUGCUGAAGUGAAUAAGCUAAAGAAAACAUCAAACCAGAUUACCAAAAGCGUUGAGGUAUCGAAUCAGCUAAUGACCACCAGCUGCGAAAACAAUCUCCUAGUCACCGAUUAUACAAACACAGCUUCGUCGCUCAACAACACAGCUACUUCUUGCACUAUGUUGGAGGGCGCUCUGUCCAAGACUCAGCAACAUCCCAUACUGGACUUGCAUACGCUAACCGUUUUGUGGCUGAUAAACAGCGGUUGUAAUGUGGAGGAAUGUUUGCUGGAAGGAAAUGAAAUGGCCGGUGUGAAUUUCGGAGCGUUUUUGCCAACCGAUCAGAAAGUGCUGAGAUUGCUGUUGGAAGCUGGUGCUGUUGAGCAGCAUGAUGUUGCUGGCUGCGAUUACGAAAGUCAAAUGUCAUUGGCAAGCACAUCCAGCGAACAAUCGCCAGAACCAUUAUUCGACUUGCAAGAUCUUCAUGGGCAAGCGGCUCUCCAUGUUGCGGCCAGAUUAGGACAAGCUCAAGUCGUUAAGAAUACGGCACUAAAGCAAACGAAGGACGGUCCUUUAGAUAAAAAGCAGUUCAAAUCCGGCCUAAUCAAUUUGCUUUGUAAGGUACUACUGGAAUCAGGCGCCAAUGCUGAUCAGGCAGAUAUUGAUGGCUGGACGCCGUUGAGGGCAGCGGCAUGGGGAGGACAUACGGAGGUCGUUCAGCUCUUGGUUCAACAUGGGUGCCAAUUGGACAGCGUUGAUGCGGAGAAUCGAACAGCUUUGAGGGCGGCAGCCUGGAGUGGCCAUGAAGAAAUAGUGAAAAUUCUGUUGCAGCAUGGAGCCAAUGUAAAUUUGACGGAUCAUGAAGGUCGAACUGCACUAAUAGCUGCAGCCUACAUGGGGCACAGCGAAAUUGUGGAUCAUCUCCUUGAUUUUGGAGCGGAUAUCAACCAUCCAGACGCUGAUGGCAGAACCGCUCUAUCAGUGGCUGCUUUAUGCGCCCCACGAACUCCAGGUGUUAGUGUUGUCUCCACCCUGUUGGAGAGAAAUGCUACCGUCGAUCACAAGGACAAGGAGGGAAUGACCCCCUUGUUAGUUGCUUCAUUUGAGGGACACAGGGAUGUUUGUGAACUAUUAUUAGAGAACGAAGCUGAUGUAGAUCACUGUGAUAACAGUGGAAGAUCGCCAUUAUGGGCAGCGGCCAGUAUGGGACAUGCUCCGGUCGUAGCCUUGCUACUGUUUUGGGGCUGCGCCAUAGACUCGAUGGAUUCGGAAGGACGAACGGUGCUUUCUGUCGCCGCUGCACAAGGUUGUGUAGAAGUGGUUCGUCAAUUACUAGACAGAGGUCUUGAUGAGCAGCACAGAGAUAACUCUGGAUGGACGCCCUUGCAUUAUGCAGCAUUUGAAGGCCACCAAGAUGUAUGUGAAGCGCUAUUGGAAGCGGGAGCGAAAAUCGACGAGACUGACAAUGAGGGUAAAGCUCCGCUUACUCUAGCGGCUCAAGGAGGCCACACUUCGUUAGUUAACCUAUUUAUGGAUAAGUAUAAUGCCCCGGUAGAUCAAAGGCCGCAUGACGGAAAAACUGCUUUAAGAUUGGCGGCUCUAGAAGGGCACUACGACAUAGUACAAAUUUUGGUAUCAAACGGCGCUGAUAUAGACUCGAAAGAUGCAGAUGGGAGAAGCACACUGUAUGUUUUGGCUUUGGACAAUCGGUUGGCGAUGUCCAAGUACUUCAUACAGCAGGAAGCCGAUGUGGAAACCAGAGACCUGGAAGGUCGAACGCCGCUUCAUGUUUCCGCUUGGCAGGGACAUACCGAGAUGGUUUCUCUUCUUUUAACCUAUGGAAAAGCUCUAGUGGAUGCUUGCGAUCUAGAAAACCGCACUGCGUUGCACUCUGCCAGCUGGCAAGGGCAUAGUGAUAUCGUUAAGAUACUACUCGAACAUGGUGCUUUGCCUGAUCAUACUUGCAAUCAGGGAGCCACAGCAUUAGGAAUUGCUGCACAAGAAGGCCACGAGCUUUGUGUGGUUGCUCUAUUAGAACACGGGGCUGAUCCGAACCAUUCGGAUGCUUGCGGGCGAAACGCUCUUCGAGUGGCUGCGAAAUCCGGCCAUCGAGGCGUUGUGAGGCUUUUAGAGGAAUACAACGCUAGAUCGCAUAAAAUUAACAUGUCAGCCCAUACGAGUAGUAGUGCGAAUUCAAUAGCGUCCAGUGCAUUUUUAGCAUCGACUGCCGAAACCAAACCUUUAUCGGCCAGUUUGUAUCCGGUAGGCGGAGAUUGGACCGAUCAGCAACGAAGAUCAAUGGUUUCUUUGGGUAAUCAUAGCUCUAAUUCAAAGUCCAGUUCGAAUCUGACGGGCUCAAGCCAUUCCAGCCGCCAUGGCGAUAGGCAGCGAGAUACACAACAGAAUACUCAGCCGAUGUCUUUCACCCAACAGCUCCAGCAGUGUUCUAGAGGUGGCAAAACAAGACCGUUGAGUAAACUGUUGUCGCCUUUGCAAAGCGAGCCUCAAAGUCCUAUUUACGCCUCACCGCCUCUUAGUCCGGUACAUGACAGUUCUAAUAAUGUUUUCGGUGCCAUGAAUAUUUAUCAGCCGGUACUGCGACAUAACAACUUUGCAAAAGCGCCCGACAUGCACUUUGCUCGAGACACCCAUAUGCGCAUAAUUUUGGGCAAUUCCGGCAGUUCCGCAUUCGGAAAGGACAAAAAAGGCGACGAGAAGCAAGACAAGGAUUCAAAUAAUACCAAACAGAGCAAUCAAAAAUCGAAGCGAAAUGGUAUUGCAACGAAUCCCGCAUUACGAUUGGUGGCGAAUGUGAAGAACGGGUUCGAUUCGGCAGCAGCCAAUUUGCGUAAGUCGACAUCUGGAGCGAAUCCAGCCUCGAAAACGAACAGUUUUCAUUGGCGGAAAGAGACGCCUUUGUAAUAUAGAAGAGCAAUUUUGCGCACUUGAAUUUUACUAGUCAAUCAAACGGUAAGUAUAUACACAACUUUCUAAUCCUCCAUUAUACGAGUCUGAUGCAAAUAAGAAUGUUUACUAACGACGAACGUCUAUCAAGAAACAUACAUAUAUUCGUCGAUAGUAAAAUUUCUUCGUUGAACAGACGUGUUUAUUGAGUGUUGGAAUUUUUACUUAUUUUUAUAGGAUGUUAACUUCGAAACGUUGAAAAAAUUAACUACUGCUAACAGCACCCACCUAGUCUUAACUAUAUCAAAGAAACAUAGACUUUUUUUAAACCUAAGUUAUACUUCGAUUGAGUUAGAAUGAUUAACUUUGAUUUCGGGCCUAAGUUUCAACGAUGCUUUUGAUUUAGGGUUUUAGUAUUGUGAUAGACAGUCGUAAGUAAAAUAUUUACUUUUAACUCGGUAAGUAAUAAUUGUACCUACUACGUUAAGUAGACAACGUUACUCAAGGAUAUUUUCGUAAGUUCUCGGGUUCUAAUUUUAACACUAAUCUAGCGUGACAUGGGCAAAUCGUUUAAUUGCUCUUUUUUUAAGGUUUUUAAAUUAAUUUUAUUUAAUUUGCCUUUAUUUGUUUUCUGUUUAAAUACCGUCAUACUUUUUAUUUUUUCCUAGAAUUGAAAAAGUUGAGUAAAAAUUAAACAAACGUUUAAUGUGUAUUCAUUUGAUUUCGAUUUAUUAUGAAUUUAUUUCUUUCAUUAAUUUGAGCAUUGCAGAUUUACCCAUAUCAUUGUAAACCUCAUACGUAGUAGUUAAUUUAACCAAAUACUUGAUUGUGUUGACACUGCAAUAGUUGAGGUUUGCCAGUUGUUUCACGAUUAACGCGACGAAGACUCUUCAGUUAUCUUGUCUAAGACAGAUUACUUUAAAAUCGAACAUUUUAAACCAUAUUUAUUUGCCAAUAUUUAUGAAGGCUUUAUAUAAUUUAUCUUUUAAGCAUUUAACCCGGUAAUUUUUAAUACAGUCGGUUGAUUAAGAGAGCGCUUGAAAUCGGGCCUACAAAGAUAAAUGAAGAGUCUCCGCUCAAAUGACACUAAGGAUCUCAUGGUGUUCUAAGAAUGUAUCGAGAUAUUUUUGUAUUUCCAAUAUUAGUUUGUAAGACAUUCGAAUUUCAAUGUGUAAAGUUUGUGCGUGUUUAUUAACUUCUUAGCCUAUGUUGUCAUGCAUAGAUUCUAAUCGACGGGCUUUUUAUUCACAAUGUGGCUUAAAUAUUAUGACGAAAAAAAUGUGAACCUUUGUUGAAAUAUGUACAAAUGUUCAUUUUAUCCUUGGCCAAAUAGUAUUUCCUCACUGAAAACACAAUUAAACGCUUUACUUAAAAUCCAUCAUGUACAAAUUUAGCUAACUGAAGUCGAUGUGCAGCAGUACAAAAUACCAUCAACUGAAGUUAGGUAGAUUUUUCGCUUCGAAAACUAGACAUUUAAAAUGAGUUGAUUGAUUAAAACCCGUUAGAUUAUACUCAGUUGCAUGAAUUUUAUUUAUUAUUUAAAAUAUCGCGUCUUAAAGACGCUGAUGUACAUCAAUUAUAACGCCUUUUGUAUUUAUAUCUUCAAAGCUUUAGUUUUAUACAGUUAAGAUAAAACUUGCACUGUAUAUGUUGAAAACAGUAUUAAGAAUAUUAAAGAUAUAUUCAGCAAUA